UGCGGCAUGAUUUACUAUACGCAUUGUGAUUACAGGACAUUCACUUCGCCAUGGCGAGCCGCAAAACUUCGCACCAAAACCGCGUCAAUGGGGACAAAUACUCAGUACUGUUACCUACCUACAACGAAAGGGAAAACCUACCGUUAAUAGUGUGGCUGUUGGUGAAAUAUUUCGGUGAGAGUGGAUUUAACUACGAGAUAAUCGUCAUUGACGACGGAAGCCCAGAUGGGACAUUGGAUGUGGCAGAGCAGUUGCAGAAGAUUUAUGGCGAGGAUAAAAUACUUCUGCGACCAAGGGCGAAAAAAUUAGGCCUAGGCACUGCCUACAUCCACGGCAUGAAGCAUGCUACUGGGAACUUCAUCUUCAUAAUGGAUGCAGAUCUUUCCCAUCAUCCCAAAUUUAUCCCGGAAUUCAUCGAAAAACAGAAGGAGGGUGAUUACGACCUGGUGUCUGGUACUCGAUACCAAGGAAACGGAGGUGUAUACGGCUGGGAUCUGCGCAGGAAACUCAUCAGGUCAGCAUCAUUUCACUGUCGUCAAUGUCUUCUCACCUAUCUUGCAGUUACCCUGAUUUCAGCAGGCGAGAGGCAGAUGUUUGAUUUGAUCUGCUUCCUUCUCUCUCUUUGUCUCAUUCACAGUCGGGGGGCCAACUUUUUGACUCAAGUGUUACUGAGACCCGGUGCGUCAGACCUCACCGGCAGCUUCAGGCUGUACAAGAAGAAGGUGUUAGAGAGUCUGGUUGAGCGGUGCGUGUCCAAAGGGUAUGUCUUUCAGAUGGAAAUGAUCAUCCGUGCCAGACAGCUCAACUACACAGUUGGAGAAGUGCCCAUUUCCUUUGUGGAUCGUGUAUACGGAGAGUCCAAACUGGGAGGGAACGAGAUUGUGUCAUUUGUGAAAGGACUGCUCACACUCUUUGCCACCACAUGAUCUGUGAUGUAGUCAGUCUGGACGUCCCACAGUCAUGUAGUAUUCUUUCAGUCUUAAAGUUGCUGUCAAUAAUACAGUAGUUUUAUCUUAAUGUCAGAAGGGGGGGUCCACUUGCCUGUGGGCAGACAGUGACAUGAUGGCAAAUGACAAGGGAGACAUGUCUCCCCUGUUAGCACAAAAAAGCAAAACAAAUACAAAACAGUAUCCUGUCAGUAGCUGUCUUGAAUACUGAAGGAACAUAGUGCUUUACAUUCCCGUCACCCUCUCUAAUUUAAUUUUGAGCAGAGCACAUGGUGUCUCAUCAUUCCCAUACAGACAGCUGACUGAACUAUACAUUAACACAGUUGUCCGAUGGGUUGAAGUUCAUCUUUUACUCCACACCUGUGGUUGUUUGUAUAAAAUUAAACACUUUAUAUCAUUGGA